UUCCGUCAAUCUCGAACAUGGAGUCGAAUGGUUUGAAGCUGAAUUUCUGGGAGAAUGGACCGAAACCCGGUCAGUUUUAUUCAUUCCCGGGUAACAGCAGCAGCACGGUUCCUGGUUGUGGACCCAUCAAACACACACUCAACCCCAUGGUAACGGGCACAUCAGUGCUGGGUGUGAAGUUUAAUGGUGGUGUUAUCAUUGCUGCUGACAUGCUCGGCUCUUAUGGGUCCCUGGCACGGUUCCGAAACAUCUCCAGAUUAAUGAAAGUCAACAACAGCACCAUCCUGGGAGCCUCAGGAGACUAUGCAGACUAUCAAUACCUCAAACAGAUCAUUGAACAGAUGGUGAUCGAUGAGGAGCUUCUUGGAGAUGGACACGGCUACACUCCCAAAGCAAUCCACUCCUGGCUCACGCGGGUCAUGUACAAUCGCCGCAGUAAGAUGAACCCUUUGUGGAACACAGUGGUCAUUGGUGGAUUUAACAAUGGAGAAAGCUUUCUUGGUUAUGUGGACAAGUUGGGAGUUGCCUAUGAAGCCCCAACAGUUGCAACAGGAUUUGGUGCUCAUUUGGCUCAGCCCUUAAUGAGGGAGGCGCUGGAAAACAAGGUAGAAAUUACAAAGGAUGAGGCACGAGCACUGAUAGAGCGAUGCCUUAAAGUUUUGUACUACCGCGAUGCCCGCUCCUACAACAGGCAUGAGAUUGCAAUUGUGACCGCUGAAGGUGUUGAGAUUAUCGGACCACUGUCAUCUGAAACAAACUGGGACAUUGCCCACCUGGUCAGUGGUUUUGAAUGAGACGUCAUAUUUGGACAUGCCCUUAGCACCACCAGAUCAUUAUUGUAUUGUCAAGACUAUAGUUAGACUUGUUUCUCUUUUGUUAUACAUAAAUGCAUUUUCCAAAAGUUGUUUUCUGUGUCACCAUUGUACUUUUUUAUAUUUAAGUUGUGUAUAGAUAUUUAACAUGGACCCAUAACAAUUAAAUUAGGACAAACAUCCAUGCUUUGACCCUCAGAUUAGUAGAUUUAUAGUUACAAUCAUGUACACAGCUGCCCAGAGUUUUAAAAUAAUGUGUCUUUAAUAUUGAAAUCAUACUUUUAUUCAUGGAGCAUGCAUGAAAUUGAAAGUUAGAAAACACAUGUUACAAAUAACUUUAAAUAUACACUUUAUUUAAAUUGUUCCUCAGUGCUCAAGUGAAGAUUCAUUCAUAGAUUAAUUUAUCCAUAAUGAUCUUUUAUGAUCGUUUACCAUCAAUUCUUAAGGUUCUUUUCCUCUUUCUUAAGGGUGACUUACUGUUUUCUUAACAAUAAUGGUUAUUUGGGCUUUGCCAUAACAGGUAAAAAUGAAUGCAGAAAUAAAAAUGAUGCAAAUGGUAAUAAUUCU